CUGCCAGCCCCAGGAUGUUGACCAUUGCUCUUCUUGCCCUUCUUUGCGCGUCGGCCUCCGCCAAUGCCAUUCAGGCGAGGUCCUCCUCCUUCAGUGGAGAGUACGGAGGCGGUGGCGGACAGCGCUUCUCUCAUUCUGGCAACCAGCUGGACGGCCCCAUCACUGCCAUCCGAGUCCGAGUCAACAGAUACUACAUCGUUGGUCUCCAGGUGCGCUAUGGCAAGGUGUGGAGUGACUACGUGGGUGGCACCCAGGGAGACCUGGAGGAGAUCUUCCUGCACCCUGGGGAAUCAGUGAUCCAGGUGUCUGGCAAGUACAAGUACUACGUGAGGAAGCUGGUCUUUGUGACUGACAAGGGCCGAUACCUGCCUUUUGGAAAAGAUACAGGCACAAGUUUCAAUGCUGUCCCCCUGCACCCCAACACCGUGCUACGAUUCAUCAGUGGCCGAUCUGGCUCCCUCAUCAAUGCCAUCAGCCUGCACUGGGACGUCUACCCCAGUGACUGCAGCAGCUGCUGA